UGCUCAGCAAUGCAUGGCUAGACUUAAGAAAAAUUUAGUGCAUCCAUUUUUAAACUCUGGACAUAAAUAUAUUUAAAAAAAAUAAUUAAACAUCAAGACCUGAGCAAAGACUAACUGAACUGCAAGCUACAAAAUUCACUUUAUUAAAUCAAGGGCAAACUGGAGGCAGAGCAAGAGAAAAUUUCCAGCAACAGUAGCACCACAGUCUAAGACAUCAACAAAAUCCCACAUCCAACGUGAGGUUUCGGAAGUUUGCUGAGCGAACAUUUGUGAAGACUGGGCAUGGUGCUUCUCUUUCUCUUAGCAGCUUUGCUGCAAGAGCCGGUUUCAAGCACGUUGUACGGAUCCAGGUUUUUGACAGGUGAGGUUGGCGGAUCGAUCGCCCAUCAGUGCUUCUACUCCAUCACGCCAGCCAACAAACACGACCGAAAAUAUUGGUGCAAAAUAGCAGGAAACCGAGUUUGCUACACCAUCAUUUCUACAACCGGCUACACCUCAAAAGACUACGUGGGGCGAGUGUAUCUCGAGGACAUCCCCGAGAAUGGCACCUUCGCCGUGACGAUGACAGAGCUGAAGAAGAGCGACACGGGGACCUACCGAUGUGGCAUCGGCCCCACCAACAGAGACCUGUACGUCAGCCUGAACCUGACGGUUUUGGCAGAUGCCAGUGUGUUGGGGCCGAUUGAGCUUGUCUGGGGGAAGCUCCGUGGCUCUGUCACGGUCCUGUGCCCAUCUGGGGACAGCCAAAGUGGCAAGAAGAGGUUCUGGUGCAAACUGGGGAGAACUGGCUGCGCUCUCAUAGCCGACACUGAUGGCUACGUCGAGAAGAGUUACGAAGGACGAAUCUUUAUCACUCCUCAGGAGAGCUCAGGAGCUUUCAAAAUCUUGAUAAAUGACUUAAAAAGGGAAGACUCGGGGCUGUACAGGUGUGGGAUGGGAAGGCUCAGUGGUCGGGACGGCCCACGGGUGGUAGCUCUGCAGGUGACAGCAGCCUCCACCUUUCCCAAGAGACCAAAAUUUCUCAGCGGCACAGUCGGAGGCUCCCUGUCCGUGAAGUGCCACUAUGAUCCCGAGGGCAACUACGACAAGAAGUAUUUGUGCAGGUGGAAGGAAGCGAGCUGCGAGCUGCUCGUGGAUGAGGAUGGGUUUGUGCACGAGUCCUACAAAGGGCGAAUACAAAUAGCCAGCAGCGACCAGGAAAAUGGGACUUACACCGUGGUGAUGAGCCACCUGAGGGAGGAGGAUGCAGGAUGGUACUGGUGCGGGGCUAAAAACGGGCACACAGAGCACACGUCCUCUGUGAAGCUGCGCAUCCAGAAGGAAACCUUCUCUUCACAAGACCCAGAAACAUCCACUCUUGUGACAUCCACUUUAUCAAGCCCAGCCACCUACAGCACAACCACGCAGAGGAGCAUCACGGGCCUGACAUACACGAUGGGCACCGUCACCGAGAUCACCAGCACCCCGCUGCCCACCGCCCCCCCUGGCACCUUUGUAACCUCCCCAGGCAAAAUCUAUUCUCGUGAGAGCUCAUCAAGCAAAUCACGCCUGCUCCCUGUUGUGUUAUCGGCUCUCAUUUUACUGAUUUUCAUCACUAUUGCUAUUUUCAUCCUGGCCAAAAUAAAGCUUCAAAAGGACACAGGAGAAGAAAGAACCACCAUAGAAAACUUGGAAGCAGCGUCUGUUGGGGCUGGUCUGAACCCUGAAAAAGAGCAAACGAUGGAGGAAACACCAAGUCCAGAAAAAGUGCACAAAUGCAGGACAGACUCUGGCAAACGUGGGUGGGCAUUUUCUGGAACUGGCACUGCAAGGGUCAUCUCCAUGAUAGAAGAGAAUAAAAAUAAGUUUUAAGCAGAGGAUUUGCAUUUUAGUGUGCAAAAAUACCUCCACAAGAUAGACACCAAAUUGGCAGUCCAGGAAUUAUAAUCCCACAGUUCAGGAUUUAUGUUCUGAUGCCAAACCAUUGCCUUUAUUCUUUACCAAGAGAUGUUGAAUCACAGAUUUCAAAAGACAUGGAUUAAAUCCUGUGAGAUUUAUAAAUUUAUUAUAGGGUUGAUUAUAGUUUUUGCUUACGCAUAGUAAACACGUUAUCGCUCUUCCUGCUUGCUUGUUUCAAUAAAAUCUGAUUACUUAUGACCUCUUGCAAUAUUGCACAGAAGCAAUUCCUGUUCACUGUGUUGCAAAAUCAUAUAAUUUUCUUUUGUCCUGCUUGUGCAGAUAAUCUGUGCUGUCCUUGGAAGAUUCAGGAUGACCAAUUUACGUGUAAGAGUUGGUCUUCUGUCAAAAUAGAAAAACACUGGGCCUCACUUGGAAUAACAAUACUCUUUAGAGGAAAGCUCUUGUAGAAAACAUCUGAACAAAUAUUUUU